AUGCCGGAGGACGUAAAUCUAUCUGUUAAUGGCCACUCUAAGGUCCCUCCGGGCUUUAGAUUUCACCCCACAGAAGAAGAGCUCCUUCACUAUUACCUCCGCAAGAAAGUUGCUUAUGAAAAGAUUGACCUUGAUGUUAUUCGUGAGGUUGAUCUUAACAAGCUCGAACCCUGGGAUAUUCAAGACAAGUGUAGAAUAGGAUCCACUCCACAGAAUGAUUGGUACUUUUUCAGUCACAAGGACAAAAAAUACCCAACUGGAACUCGAACCAACCGCGCCACGAUGGCCGGAUUCUGGAAGGCCACCGGCCGGGACAAGAUCAUCUAUAGUGGCUUUAAAAGAAUUGGACUGAGAAAGACUCUUGUUUUCUACAAAGGAAGAGCUCCGCACGGCCAGAAAUCUGAUUGGAUCAUGCAUGAGUACAGGCUCGAUGAUAAUACUAAUGAAACUAAGGGUUCUGCUUCAAUGGGAGAGUCCAUGGGUGAAGAUGGGUGGGUGGUAUGCCGUGUGUUUAGGAAGAAGAACUACCAGAAAUCUAUGGAAAGUCCAAAAGGUUCCGCCAUUUGUACGGACUCAAGAACACAGAUGCUUUGCUCCGACAACGAUGGAGUUCUUGAUCAAAUUCUUCUCUACAUGGGAAGGAGUAACAAUUCGAGUACUACAUGCAAGACGGAAAACAACGACGUCGUUCCAUUUUCAAGCAACAACAGCAUGAGAUCACUGCUUUCUGCAGAAAACUUGAGUUCCAUUAAUGGCGACGGGACAGUUUUACAGGAAAGGUUUAUGGAGCUUCCGAGGCUAGAGAGUCCAAGUAGCCAGAACCAGCUUACUUCAGUACUUCCCAUGGUCAACAGCUCACCAAACUUUGACCAGGAACAACAGCGUGUAAGCUUCAAGUCCUGCUACGAUCAGUCGUCAAUGGAGGAAAUGUUGAUUGCAGAAACAGAUCAGUCGUACAAAGCAGCCGGGCUAAGCGACUGGGUGGCGUUUGACCGGCUGGUGGCGUCACAGCUGAACGGCCUAGCGAAAGACGACGUCGUAUCCUGCAACGUUAAUAAGCAGUUGUCGUCGUGCUUCGGUCUCGACUCAAAUGCAUGCUAUGUUGUUUGCGGUGGUAAUGAUGAGCAUGAUCAUGAUGAUGAUGAUGAUGAUACACAUUUAUCCCACUUAUAUGAUCAUAAUCUGCAGAGAUCAAAUAAUCAUCAAGUGUUAGCGCAGGUAUAUAGCGAGAAUCAUCAUUUAUGGAGCUUCUGUACUAAGUCAUCAUCUCCAUCAUCAUCUUCAGACCCAUUAUGCCAUUUGUCCGUAUAA